ACCAAGGGCAAUCGAGAAAGUAAAAAUCGAUCAAUCAGCGUUGGCUGGUGUUGGACCGUCUGUCAUUCGCAAUAUAUUGGAUAAAGAUGGAUACGCUUAUGUAGCAACGGACUCAACCGAAUGCCAAAUGAUUUUGAAAUAUGCUAAAAAUGAAAAUGUUAGACGACAAGUUUAUGAGUCAAUGAAUUCUGCCACAAAAGAAAGCAUCAUGACCUUAGAGCAGCUAAUGACAACAAGAGCUGAAUUGGCCACUCUGGUCGGAAGAGAAUCUUACGCUGAAUUACAAUUACAAGAUAAAAUGGCUAAAAAUCCCAAUAACGUCGAUGCCUUUUUAAGAACCCUUUUACGACACCAAGAUCCCACAUUCAAAAGCGACAUAAAUUUAUUACAAAAGACGAAGCAGCAGGUUCUGCAACUCAAAUCUGUACCUACCGUAAAUGCUUGGGACCGUGAUUAUUUUAUGCAAAUUUACAGUUCUAGCCAAUCCUCGCCUAUUAAUACACCCUAUUUCUCUGUUGGAUCUGUUAUACAAGGUCUUUCAAGAUUAUUUAAAAACUUGUAUGGUGUUGAAUUUGAACAUGCUGCAUUAAAACAAGGCGAAGAAUGGCACAAGCAAGUUCGAAAGUUGGAAGUUGUAUGCGAACGUGAAGGAAAGAUUGGGACAAUUUAUUGCGAUUUAUUUUCUCGGCCUGGAAAGACAACCAAUGCAGCACAUUAUACAAUAAGAACCUCAAGACGUGUUGAUGAUGAUGAUUCUGUCAACGAUGUAAAGUAUGCCUUCCCAGGUCGUAAUGUCGAUAUCUCUAAUUUCUUACCGCCAGUGGAUCCUCCAGCAGAGCGUAUACACGGACAUGAUGGCUUAUAUCAAUUGCCAGUAAUUGCUUUGACUUGUGAUUUCUCUCAUAAUGCAACAGGGAAGUCGGCAUUAUUGUCUAUGUUUGAGGUAGAAACAUUGUUUCAUGAAAUGGGCCAUGCUAUGCACUCUAUGCUUGGACGUACAGAUUUUCAUAAUGUUGCUGGUACCAGAUGUGCAUCCGAUUUUGUUGAAUUACCUUCUAUCUUAAUGGAGCACUUUGUGUGGCACCCAAAAGUACUUCCACUGUUUGCAAACUCAAAUGGUGGUAAACAAGUAUCACCUGAAGCUGUUCAGGCGUUUUUAAAACAACGCAAGAGAUUUAGUGGGAUUGAAGUUAAUAGCCAGAUUUUGAUGGCACUUGUAGAUCAACAAUAUCACUCCUCUAAAGUAACAGACCCUACUUUUUCAAGUGUGACUGAAUGGUAUAAACUUCAAGAUCAAGUUGGUUUAUUUCCUAGUGUUCCGGGUACGAUGUGGCCUGUUCAGUUCGGUCAUUUGUUUGGUUAUGGAUCAAAUUAUUACUCUUAUCUCUUUGAUAGAACGCUUGCAAGAAAGGUUUGGGAAACAAGUUUUGAGGCAAAUCCACUAGAUAGAGAGAAAGGGCAAGCUUUCAGAGAUAAUCUAUUAAAAUGGGGAGGUGCUCGUGACCCCUGGAAAUGUAUUGCCGAUGUUUUAGGUGGCGAAGAUGGCACAAAGAUAGUAAAUGGAGACGAAGAAGCAAUGCGAACUGUUGGUGAUUGGGGAAUAGACGUGUAAAUAGAAGCAAAAUAAAGUUUAAAAAUGACCGCAUUUGUAUUUUU